GACGCUCAACCGACUGAGCUACCCAGGUGCCCCUGAAGCAGCCCUUUCAAAGAGAUUCAUAUGGAAAGGAACUGAGGCUUGCUGUUAAAAGCCAUGUGAAUGAGCCAUCUCAGAAGCAGAUCUUCCAGCCCCAGUCAAGCCUUCAGAUGACUGCAGCCCUGGACAGCAUCUUGCUUAAAACUUCAUGAGAGACCUUAAGCCAUACUGCCUGGCAGAUCUAUGCUGUUAGAGUGGUAACAGCAAUCAUUGUAAUACCAACACCAACACAAGUAAAAUUAGCCCAGCAGUUCAACCAGAUGAGCAUUAAAACUGCACCAACCUUUUUGGUUUUCCUGAAUUCAGAAUAUAAGCCUUGUUUGGGGACCCUGAUCCACAAACAGUGGGUUCUCACUGCAGCCCACUGCUUCUUACCAUUUCUUGAAAUAAACAUUGCUGCUUCAAAAGAGAAUUUCCAAAACAAGAUGGGAAACUUAAGACCCAUGCUUACUGUCCAACACCCAGAUUUUACUCGGGAUUCUGCUGAGCAUGACCUCAUGCUCGUCAAGCUGAAUCAUCCCCUAGAUCUCCAGGAUCAGGUCAAACUGGUGAUUCUACCCAAUACCACAAAUGACAGAAGAGGGGAAAAGUGCACUGUCUCUGGCUGGGGCUGGGAAUGGAAGAAUUCCAAUACAGAACCUGAUAUACAAAUAAACCAGACUGUCUUUUGGUUUUCUAAUGAUGGCUGCCAAGAGUCCCCUGUAAGACAAAUUCUUAUUAAAAUCACAGAAAACAUGUUCUGUGCGGGAUCAUCUCUGGAGAAUAUACACUCAUGUAAGGAAUUAGAUGCUGUCCCAAUCCUGUGCCAAAAUCAGCUCCAUGGGAUCCUAUCUUGGUCAGCAGGGUGUAUUUUGAAAGGUGAUAUUGGCUACUACACCAAGGUUUCCCACUAUACAGACUGGAUCCGCAAAGUCAUCCACAGCAACUGAGCUCUCUGUUCCCUCUCCCAGUGGCCUCAGAACUGGGUCUACCAUCCUUGACCUUCUUUUCCCUCUAGCCUCAGAACAAGAUGGGAAUAGAGCCUUUGGUUAUAAGAAA